AUGGGCCAUUCCUCCCAGACAGUUCUCAACACUGAAGAUACGUUCCCAAGCGGUGAUACAGAAGAGAAGGCCGCAGACUUUGAGGAAGCGGCGAAGGCGGCGGAUAGGAUCAAAGCCGAGCAAGCUCUGGAGAUCGAAUUUCUCAAGGAACACAUUAUCAGACUUGAGUCGUCAUAUCCAUCAUCGACAGCGGCGCAAGGAAUCAGACAUAUCUGUGAUCCUAGGGGCAACCUCGGUGAAGUUGUGAAAACCAGAGCAGGUGUGCAGGAUUAUUCAGCAGAGCUUCAAAAGUUACACAGAGUGAAGGAUGACGCCAUUGGGAGGCCUGUGAAGGAUAACAGUUACUGCUUGGAAUAA